GUAAUAUAUAUAAUUCAAUUUUUCUUUUUUUUAUUAAACCAAACGUAAUGUUAAUAAGGAGCAGCGGAUGCACAACAAGGAGCAAUUUAUGCGAAUGCAUAUGAACUCCCGGAGACGGAUGCGCGCGAGUCAGGGCGAAUUCCUGAGGAUGCUCGGCAUCGAUCCCUGGACGCGCAAGCGCCGACCGACGAGUUCUCACAUCCACUUCCAUCAUUCCCAAUUAUCGGCGAGAGUUCGUUCGUCGUAUUCGACGAACGUAGUUAGAACACGGCCGUCUAUUUUCGUUUCCUUCCAAGAGUUGACCGUCUUUCGCGAUAUACCGCAGUCAAGGUAGACGAACACAGAGGAACUUCUAAUGUCGGCUUUGCUAGAUGUAUGCGGAAAUGAUACCGGUUCACCAUCGAUAUCGAAAGCUGACGAUAAUUUAUCCAACAGUGAUGGGCCUCUGAUUAAAGGCCAUUCGCCAAAUAGUUGCGGCAGUGUACAUGCAAGGGCAAUCAGCUCUUCGUACGGUAUGUCAUCGCCGAGCGAAAAAGCUACGAAGAGGCGUUAUUGCCUUUGGACGUUGACUCUAGUUUUGGCGAUAAUCGGUCUCUGCAAUCUUUUCCUGAAUAUCAUUGUUAUUGCUGUUUUGCGCAUUAGUCAGGGAAUGGAGGCCAUGGAAGUAAUUCCAGAUGAGAAUCUUGUCAAAUUUUAUGGAAGAACCGACUUGGACAAGAUAUCCCUGCAAUCCGGUGUCUGCCAGAGUUACGGCGACGAGCCGAUGGAGGUAUCCGGGGACGAGGCUGGGGUGCACGUCGACGUAAAGGGCCACAUUUAUCCAGAGACACAUCCGCGUUCAAAGCUAAGCGUCUUGACGAACGGCACCACCAUGUCGCAGGUGGAGUCGUUCGAGGUGAAGGAUCCGCGCACCGGUGUGACCUAUUUCACCACCGACUUCCCGAACUUCGGCCUGCCGAGCGGCGUCGAGACGGUCGAUGUGCGGCUCGCGGAGACCUAUCGGAUCACCUCGCCGGUCAACGAGAGCCUCGCAAUAAAAUCCGACAAUCAGAUCUCGAUGCACGGCAUAGAGGGCGUGCGUAUGGAGAGCAAGGACAUCGUCUGGAGCGCCGACCUGGAGGUCCUCCUGAAGAGCGUAAACGGUAGCGUCGUGCUGGACGCCAAGGAUGGUGUUUCCAUUGACGUGGAGAGCAUCCCGGUGGCGCCCAUGUUCUUGCAGAGUCCAGCCGGGACUCACGAGCAGUACAAAGUCUGCGUUUGCAUGCCGCAGGGCAAGCUCUUCAAGAUGCCAGUCCGGCCGGGCGCGAGUUCUCGCACCGUCAAUUGCGCGCGAGUCGCCAGGACUCCCGAAAACGAUCCGUGUCUACAUUGAAUUCGAAGUAAAGACUGAUAUUUUCUACAACACGCUUAAAUAAAGCGCAUAUCACUGCCAGAUAGGCAAAUGCGGCGAAAUUCGAAGCCUGAAUUUGUGUAACAUCGAUAGGCAGUACGUUAAGCAAGAUAUAGUAGACGAUAGGGCCUCGGCACAUUUAUACAAUAUCGUUGACACAUAAUCAUUAAUUCGCAUAUCUUUAAGAAAAAUACUGACACAAAGAUUAUGUAAGCCGAAUCUUUAGAGAUCAAAUCUCUCUAUAACGCUUAAGCGUGAGUGAGAAUAUAAAAGCUUAAGGUGCUAUCAUGUAAAAACAAAACUCUUAGAAGUAGUGUUAUAUAAUCGAAUUUUUUUGUGUAGAAUACAUACUAUUCUAUUCUAUAUUUUAUGUAUACACGAAAAAUCACACAUUUUUUGUGGACACAUUCAAUACCUUGAAUCGUUCCCGCAUAAAUAUGAACAUCGUGAAUAAAUGAUGUCACCUUAAGAUCAUCGACGGAACUCAUCGAAAUGUAUUUGCGAAUGUUAAAUACAGUAUUUUAUAAGAAACGA